GAGGCUGAGAUUCCGGCGGCCACGGCGGCGGCCGGGGCCGAGAUACAGAAUUAACUCUUGGAAUCUGGAGAAGCAUUUUGUACAAAUUGAAAGAUUGGGCUUUCGCUCUAGUUUUCCAGAUGUAGUCUUAUCUGCGUAAUUGAAGGAUCCACAAUCACAUAAACUCACUCGUAACCAUGGAGCUAAGUAACCCAUCAGGAUAUAGAAGAAGUGCUGCUGAACUUAGGAACCAGGCAGUUGUUCACCAGUUCAACAAUUAAACUCCUAUAGUCCCUGCUGAUAAUCAAGGAUAAAGAGCCAAAUAAAGUCAUGCACAUUCUAUUGACAAAUGGACUCUGUGGCUGUUGAAUUUUACUGUAACUGGUUACUCAGUCAUUCAGUCAUCUUAAUAUGCAAGUUACAUCCUAAUGGAUGUAAAGACCUGUGUUGACGUAUUCUGAUGUUAGCUAAUGUUGAAGAUAAGAAACCUAUUAUGACUAAUCCUUGGGAAGAGAAAGUCUGCAAAAUGGCUCAAACGAGUUUACUGCAGGGGAAGCAGUUUUACUGUAGGGAGUGGGUUUUCCACAAGCUUCAGCAUUGCCUCCAGGAGAAAACUAACUGCUGCAACAGCACUGUCAACACACCACCCCUCCUGCUGAAUUCUGGGAGCAGUGCUAGUGUUGUCUCUGGAAAAGGAGCUGCCUGGGGUGUGCUGUUGGUAGGAGGGCCUGGCAGUGGCAAGACAGCCCUAUGCACUGAGCUCUUGUGGCCAAGUUCACCUACCAGCGUGCAGAGAGGGUUACACCGCCAGGCCUUGGCCUUCCAUUUCUGCAAAGCCCAGGACUCUGACACGUUGUGUGUUGGAGGGUUUAUUCGAGGUCUAGUUGCCCAGAUCUGCCACAGUGGACUACUCCAAGGAUAUGAGGACAAGCUAAGGGAUCCAGCAAUCCAAAGCCUCUUGCAGCCUGGGGAAUGUGAGAGGAACCCAGCUGAAGCAUUUAAAAGGUGUGUUCUGCUCCCGCUGUUGGGAAUGAAGCCUCCCCAGCAAAGCCUGUACCUGCUUGUGGAUUCUGUUGAUGAAGGCUGUCACGUCGCCGAAGGUGAACAGGCGUCCACCAGCUUGUCUGGGACUGUGGCAGAGCUUUUAGCCGGUCACCAUGAGUUCUUCCCACCAUGGCUGUUGCUUCUGUGCUCUGCCCGAAAGCAGAGUAAGGCUGUCACUAAAAUGUUCACCGGUUUCCGAAAAAUAAGUUUAGAUGACCUUCGGAAGGCAUAUAUUGUUAAGGAUGUUCAACAGUAUAUUCUUCAUCGUUUAGAUCAAGAAGAAGCUUUGCGACAACACCUCACAAAAGAAACUGCAGAGAUGUUAAACCAGUUGCACAUUAAAAGCAGUGGGUGCUUUCUUUAUCUCGAACGGGUUCUGGAUGGAGUUGUAGAAAAUUUUAUUAUGUUACGAGAGAUCCGCGACAUCCCAGGGACUCUGAACGGUCUCUAUCUCUGGCUGUGUCAAAGACUUUUUGUGAGAAAGCAGUUUGCAAAGGUCCAGCCGAUUCUGAAUGUGAUUCUUGCAGCCUGCCGACCUUUGACCACAACGGAAUUAUAUCAUGCGGUAUGGACCAAAAAUAUGUCGUUAACCUUGGAAGACUUCCAGCGCAAGUUAGACGUGCUCUCCAAACUCCUUGUCGACGGGCUAGGGAAUACCAAAAUCCUGUUCCACUACAGCUUUGCAGAGUGGCUUCUGGAUGUGAAACACUGCACGCAGAAGUAUUUGUGCAACGCAGCAGAAGGACACCGGAUGUUGGCUAUGAGUUAUACCUGUCAAGCCAAGAAUCUAACACCGUUGGAAGCACAAGAAUUUGCAUUGCACUUGAUUAAUUCAAACUUACAGUUGGAGCCAGCUGAGUUAGCUCUGUGGAUGAUAUGGAAUGGCACACCUGUCAGAGACUCCCUGUCGACGUUAAUACCCAAGGAACAAGAAGUGCUGCAGCUGUUGGUCAAAGCCGGCGCUCACGUGAACAGUGAAGACGACCGCACGUCCUGCAUAGUCCGUCAAGCCUUAGAGAGAGAGGACUCCAUUCGGACCUUACUAGACAACGGAGCUUCGGUGAAUCAGUGCGACUCCUCUGGGAGAACAUUACUGGCCAACGCUGCGUACAGUGGCAACCUUGACGUGGUGAAUUUACUUGUCUCUAGGGGGGCCGAUUUAGAGAUAGAAGAUGCUCACGGGCACACACCGCUGACCCUGGCUGCUAGACAGGGACAUACCAAGGUGGUUAAUUGUCUGAUUGGGUGUGGGGCAAACAUUAAUCAUACUGAUCAGGACGGGUGGACGGCAUUGCGAUCUGCUGCGUGGGGUGGUCACACGGAGGUGGUGUCUGCGCUCCUUUACGCUGGCGUGAAAGUGGAUUGUGCAGAUGCUGACAGCCGGACGGCGCUGAGAGCCGCCGCGUGGGGGGGACACGAGGACAUUGUCCUGAACUUGCUGCAGCAUGGUGCUGAGGUCAACAAGGCUGACAACGAAGGCAGGACCGCUCUGAUCGCGGCGGCCUACAUGGGGCACAGAGAGAUUGUGGAGCACCUCCUGGACCACGGGGCAGAGGUGGACCAUGAGGACGUGGAUGGCCGGACGGCACUCUCUGUAGCUGCGCUCUGCGUGCCUGCGAGCAGAGGCCACGCGUCGGUCGUCAGCCUGCUGAUCGACCGAGGUGCUGCGGUAGACCACUGUGACAAAGACGGCAUGACGCCGCUGCUCGUCGCCGCCUACGAAGGGCACGUCGACGUGGUGGACUUGCUCCUGGAGGGGGGCGCGGAUGUGGACCACACCGAUAACAACGGCCGGACCCCCCUCUUAGCAGCUGCUUCCAUGGGCCAUGCUUCCGUCGUGAACACACUGCUGUUUUGGGGCGCAGCCGUGGAUAGCAUUGAUAGCGAAGGGAGGACAGUCCUCAGCAUAGCCUCGGCCCAAGGCAACGUCGAGGUGGUCCGUACUCUGCUGGACAGAGGCUUGGAUGAGAACCACAGAGAUGAUGCUGGGUGGACACCUCUGCACAUGGCAGCCUUCGAAGGUCACAGGUUAAUAUGUGAGGCGCUUAUUGAACAAGGUGCUAGAACGAAUGAGAUUGAUAAUGAUGGACGGAUACCUUUCAUACUAGCUUCGCAAGAGGGUCAUUAUGAUUGUGUCCAGAUACUGCUGGAAAAUAAAUCCAACAUUGACCAGCGAGGUUACGACGGUCGGAACGCACUGCGCGUGGCUGCCCUGGAAGGACACAGGGACAUCGUGGAACUGCUGCUCAGCCACGGGGCUGACGUUAACUACAAAGACGCCGACGGGAGGCCCACCCUUUACAUCCUGGCCUUGGAGAACCAGCUGACGAUGGCCGAGUACUUCUUAGAAAACGGUGCGAACGUCGAAGCGAGCGAUGCCGAAGGGAGGACGGCUCUUCACGUGUCCUGCUGGCAGGGCCACUUGGAAAUGGUGCAGGCUCUGCUCGCCUACCACGCCGACAUCAACGCGGCCGACAACGAGAAGCGGUCUGCCCUGCAGUCUGCGGCCUGGCAGGGCCACGGGAAGGUGGUCCGGCUCCUGAUCGAGCAGGGCGCCCUGGUGGACCACACGUGCAAUCAGGGCGCCACCGCGCUCUGCAUCGCCGCCCAGGAGGGGCACAUGGACGUCGUGCAGGUGCUCCUGGAGCACGGUGCCGACCCGAACCACGCCGAUCAGUUUGGACGCACCGCCAUGCGGGUCGCAGCCAAGAACGGCCAUUCUCAGAUCAUUAAACUAUUAGAAAAAUAUGGUGCAUCUAGUUUGAAUGGCUGCUCCCCGUCUCCUGUUCACACCAUGGAGCAGAAGCCUCUACAGUCAGUGUCUUCAAAGCUGCAGUCGCUGACGAUCAAGUCGAACAGCUCGGGCAGCACGGGCGCCGGGGACGUGCAGCCGCCCCUGCGUGGGCUGCCCAGCGGCCCGGCCCACGCCUUCAGCUCCCCUUCCGAGUCGCCGGACUCCACGGUCGAUCGGCAGAAGUCGUCCUUGUCCAACAAUUCCCUGAAGAGCUCGAAGAACUCGUCUCUGAGAACCACCUCGUCGACCGCCACGGCGCAGACGGUGCCCAUCGACAGCUUCCACGGCCUGUCGUUCACCGAGCAGAUCCAGCAGCACUCGCUGCCCCGCAGCCGCAGCCGGCAGUCCGUCGUGUCCCCGUCUUCCACGACGCAGUCCCUGGGACAGGGCCACCGCUCCCCCAGCAGCGAGUUCGAGUGGAGUCAAGUCAAGCCCAGUUUGAAGUCAACGAAAACAAACAAAGGGGGCAAAUCCGAAAAUUCCAGCAAAUCCGGGUCAGCUGGGAAAAAGGCCAAACAGAAUAAUUCACAGCCCAAGGUUUUGGAGUACGAAAUGACUCAGUUCGACACACGAGGGCCUGCAGCCAAGCCCGGGUCCAGCGCACCCCCCAAACAGUCGCCCGCAGAGUCUCAGUGCAAGAUUGUGAUACCGUCCGCCCAGCAGGAAGUGGGUCGGUCUCAGCAGCAGUUUCUUAUUCACCAGCAGAGCGGGGAACAGAAGAAGAGAAACGGAAUCAUGACAAACCCAAAUUACCAUCUCCAGAGCAACCAGGUGUUUCUCGGGCGGGUUUCAGUGCCACGGACAAUACCAGACAGAGGGCAUCAAGAGGUGUUGGAAGGGUACCCUUCAUCAGAGACGGAACUGAGCCUUAAACAAGCCCUGAAGCUUCAAAUCGACGGCUCUGACCCUGGCUUCAACUACAAGAAGGAGACGCCGUUAUAACAGUUUCCUGUUCUGCGAGACAGAAGACGUCGCGAUCGGAGUGAUUCUUCAGCUGCUGGAUGGAACCCGAAUGCCUGUUGAUCGCUGAAAACAGUGACGAAUGUGAUCCUGCAGUUCAGUUACCUGCCUCACUGUAAUGUGCCUAAUAGCAAGGCUGCCUUCUCGGUGUGACCCUCGUGCUUCCGUUUCAGUUUGUGUGCUUUGUAUUCACUACACAAGAAUGAGCACUUUUUAAAAAAAAAAUGCAGACAUAUACUGCAGUUCCCUGAUAAAAGCUGAAACGAUUUGAGUGAAGUAUUUUCAGUUCCGAUUUGAUGAAUGUGCAUGUGCCAUGAUCGAGACCUGAGAAAGGCGGUGUUCCUCGUGUGUAUUGUUUCUCUCGUGGCCCACGGAGGAAGCCUGCUCCAGUCCCGUCUGCAUUGCUGUGGCGUGUGGCUUGUUUCCUGGAUCUUUAAAAAUGUCACUCGGUCAAAUAAAUCAUGCAGCUAUUUAUACUCACACACACCUUCCACAUUGGUUUAAAAAGAGUUUCUAUUUAAUGCCACUGAGGUGAAGAAAAAUGGUUUCUUCGCAGAUUUAAAAAUAAUUUCUAGUAUUUUAGGGAGCUGCUCUAAGUAGUUUAAAUUUGGAUUUCCCAGUAGAAUCCUCCUAAUCUCUGGCUAACGGUGUCAGAAAAGAAGACUAGGCAGAACUAAGUUCUGUUUCACUCCCUGGGGUGCCAUUUCACCCCCCGCUGGGCAUUCCACAGCCCGAAGACGGGGUUCCCAAGGCACGGCGGCCUGUGUCCUGGGGAGAUGCCCUGUCGCCCUGAGGGUGAACCUUGGAUCCUUUAGCAAGUCACUGACUGCCCUUAUCUCUGCCGUCCGGUUGAAUAAAAACAGUGUACCCGUGUGAACGCUGGCUCCUCUCUCCAUUGUUUUGGAAAUCACCGCAUGGUGGAAAAGGCCCCCCUCACAACCUGUUGGGUGAAUUUUAGUGGUUAGUUGGAUGAAUAUUCUCGAUGAAUGUAACACGUGCUGACCUUCACAGAUGACACUACGGACCUGGCAGUCAUAGCACAUGAGUAUUUUUUAUUGGCAUUUCAUAAACGAUACUUUUUUGUCCACAUACUCUUUCCUGUUUUCUUCUUUGGACAACUGCUCGCGGGUUGACUGAGUCUCAUCCCGGGUUAGGAUGAGGCCGUGACCGAGGAAAACAGCUGACUGGCUCAGAUGAGCGUGCGACCCACA